AUGCCCCUACGUUGCCCGGCUCUCAUCUUCAUUGUCAGUCAGAGGCUGUUGUCGUUGAUGACAUUUGCUCUGCGGUUCCAAUUUAAUUUUUGGCAUUCUGGGGAUCGCUGUCAUGAGGAUGUUUUCUCAUUAAUCACCCUCCCAUUACCCACCUUCCUAAACAUUUCCAAACUCGAUUUUUCGAGUUCCGGCAAUCACCCUCACACUGCUGGGUUUCUACACAACCCUACCCAUACACCUGAUCGGUUUACUUCAUUCUUGGCCAUCGCUACCGUGGCAGCACAUAAUGCUGCUUGUCUUUUUCUUUGUUGCUGCUUGUCAUUUUCUUUGUGUCACUCCACCCCAUGGUUCAAAUUCGAUUUUUCACCAUCCGGUAAUCACCCUCCCGUUACCCACCUUCCUAAACAUUAUUCGCUUUUUCAGGGAAGGACUACAAGAAGCAUAGUUGCUGUCAUGAUCGAAAACAACAUAAUUCGUUUUAUGCGCCUUUUUGCCGUGGGAAACACUCUUCAGGCCCACCCCAACACUGGUAUCUCCAAUAAGGCGAUGGCUAUCGAACACGUCACCGUGUGCUCUAGUUUUCUGACAUCUUCCUGCCUUUUCUUAGAGUAA